AUGGGCUCGACAAAGCCGCUAUAUCCUUCCUCCUACGAUCCCGAACUGCGAAAUGGGUCGCCGAGGUAUGUCGCGGCGGGCACAAACAGCUGUCCGCCAUCUCAUAUUCUUGAGAAGCACUUCUCGUCACCGUCAGAGGAGUCUCAUCCUAGAUUCAAUGCUUUAAACAAAUCCCGCCCACGCUCCUCCGCACUCUUAAAUGUCAAUGAUCCCAUGGCUAUGCACCUUCUCGUUGAAACCGCCAUUGUCGAUUCCAAUGUGUACGAAAUCCUCUCUUUUGAAGAAGUCGAUGAGCUUAAGAAGGAACACAACUUCCUUACAAAUCGCAUCGACGCGUCUAAGCGUAAACUCGCCCUGGAAUCUAAAGUUCGCGACGCAGCGCUUUCCCUUAGCAGGUUGUACUCCAAUAAGAAGGCUCGCGGAAGGAGAUCUCUAUUAGGCGGUGUAAGUGACGUUACAAAGCAUACCGAUGAGGAGCUUACUGCGAGCAAUCGCAAGUGUGAGGACCUGUCUCAGGAGCUCUGGAGGCUCAGUAAUCGGGCCGUGGAGAUUCAGCGCAGGUUGCUACAGCACAGCGCAGGAAUACUCGGGAUGACCCAUCAGAGCUCAAUCCAGCAAAGGGCUUAUCCCAGCAGUUCGAUACCCCCAGGCUCGCCAUCAAGCCAGUACACCCUGGUGAACCGGAAUGUAACAAAUUCAUCUCUCACGGUGGAGUUUGAUGACCGCUCUUUCUACAGAACGCCGGACAAGCUUGAUGAUUUCGGAGGUUAUGAUAGACGGAGCUCUUAUACAAAAUUCCCCCAGCUUGAUACUGGUGGGGCCUCGCGACGAGGUUCCGCCACUAUAGAUGACCCGUACCUGGGUCGCCGGUUAGAAGACCUCAAUAUCCAAGUUAGGAAUAUCGUACUCCAGUUGACGAGCGCCCAAGGUAUCCCUUUACCCCAACAUCUUCAGCCCAACGGCUCUAUGGGUGGGGGCAGUAGUCUACAAGAGCAACUUACACAACUUGAACAAAGUAUAAAUUUUAUUCAACAACAUCCUGCCCCAUCACCGACAUCCCCGGGUUCCAACUUCGCUGCACAGGAGCUUGAAAGGACCGACACAAUUCUCUCCACCCUCUGGGACAUGCUUAUACUCGGCGAGGAAGAAGUGCGUUCGCAGAAACGUGCACUUAGACAAAAGGGUCAAAAUAACGAACUCGAAUAUCCCGACAGCGAAGAUGAGGAUGAAGACCAGCAUGCCGAAUAUAGUAUAUCCACUUUCUCCGCAAAGGUCCAGGCACUUUACACCCGUGCGACCACGUUGCGGGAAGAACGGACCAUGCUCCGGCAACAAAAUUCACAACAGCGCUCCAGCUUUAAGGCAGAAUCGGCCGCAUUGAAGGAGAAGCAUUCUUCCCGCGAGGAUAAUCUUAGUCACGAACUUUCUACUCUCAGUAGCCAACUUGAUGCAAUGUCUAAUAUUGUUGAGCAACGUGAAAAGGAAAUUAUGGUAGUCGAAACAAAAUCGAAAGCUCUUUCGGACGAACUGGCUAUAAUCCGGUCAGAGUUGGAACAUCGACGCCUAGAAGCCCACCGACAAUCAGAAGAUAGUUCGGGCCAUGGACAAAGUGACCUUGAAGAAGAACGGCGGGCACGGUUUGAAGCAGAGGAGGCAUUGUGCGCACAGCUUAAGGACAAAGAAGAGCUUCUAAUGGCUCUUCAAGGUGAAUUAGAAGAGGCGCGGGAGGAUCGUGAUAUCAUGAAAGUAGAGCUAGAUGCACUUACGUCCGAGUCUAACGACCGCCUGAAGAAACUUGAAACUGAACUUGCCGCUCUUGUUGUAGCGAAAUCCGCCGCAGAAGAAGCAGGAAAAAGCGCACAGUCCGAGCUUGAGGUUAAUAAAUCCCAAAUGUCGAGAAUGGAUGAGGAAAUGCGAGGUUUGGAAGGGAAGGUAGCAGAGCUAUCAACAGAGGUUGCUAUGCUGAAGGCAGAGCUUGAUUCUGCAUAUGGCUCUAAGUCCCAGCGCGCUGCAGAAACUGCCCAAGCUCGUGCUGCUGCCGCUGCGCUCGAAGCCGCAAAUAAGGGGCCGCAGACGGUUGACCCAGGUCUGCUCCAGGAGGUAGAAGCCCUUGCAACUAAGAACUAUGAAUUGAUGGAAGAGCUUGCACUUCUCAAGGCUACGAAGUCCUCCGGAAACGCAGACCUCGAAAAGAGAUGUAAAGUGCUUCAAGCGGAACUCGAUGGAAUGCUUGCCGAUUUUGAAAACUUGACUAAACAGUCUAUCGAGAACGAAAAUGAUCGUAUCAAAUUAGAAGGGGUCAUUGAUGGUCUGCGCGACCGGUGCGAAACCUUAGAAACCAGUUUGGCGGACGAGAGAGUCCGGUGGUUAGGAAUGCGCACUCCUAGUGCUGAUGGAAAGCUCGGUACAGGGCGUUAUGGCGAUGGUGAAAGCACUAGCACACAUGUUCUCAAGACGGAGUUCAAAAAGAUGAUGCGUGAUAUGCGGUCCGAGUCUAUGAAGACGUUACGGGCCGAGCAAGAACAUAGGCGACAUUUGGAACAACAAAUCCGUGCCAUGAAGCAGGAAGCAAUAUCACGGCGUGGCACAGUCUCCUCUGCAAAAGCGAGCAUAUCAUGA